AUGGGUUUGCAGUCGGCACUUACGGACGCCGACUACGAGCUCAGUUCGGACACCUUCCUGAGCGCCAUUGCGCCGGCUAGCAUGCCCGAGCUGCCACCGCUUCGACCAGGGUCUGCAUUCGAAGGCACCGACGUGGAGUGCAUGGACGAUGCCCAGGUGCAGUACUGGUUCCGGGCCCGCCCCCACCCCAGCCAGCGGCCACUCCGCUCGACCCCCAGCAGCAGCUCAAGUGUGCGAUCCGUCUCCACAGAAGGGCAGACCACGUCCAGCGUUUCGUCCACAGGGCCUGGCAAGACGCCCGCUGUCCCAGGCCUUCCCAAGCAGAAGCGUCUGAUUCUCGACGAAAGGACGACAAGGAGUGCCGGGCUGUUCCUGGCUCGGCAGCGCAUCCAAACUCGGAGCAACCAGGGGCAGUCAAUGACGCCGGAGGACAUUUGCAAAAGCAUCCUCCAGUGCACUGUCAGCCAGGACGAGGAUGGUUUGCAAAGUUUGCGUGAUGCCGUCGAGAGCAACUUCGAGGCCGGCAAUCCUGUGGCAUCCUUCGUUGAGGCUGAGGGCGUAGAUGCCCUGUCGCGCUGCGAGGCUGAGCAAGAGCAUCGCCUCAUGCACCAGGUCUGCGGCAUUCCAGGCGUAAGCCAGCGAUUGAGAUGUCUUCAGAUCGAGUCAUCUUGGGAUCGCGACGCUGCGAAGUGUCAGAAACAUCUGGAGGUCCUGCAGUCUGGACUCGAGGCCCUUAGCACAAGGAAGGAGGCACUCCAGUCCUUCUUCCGUCAGGUCAUGAAGAUUGGCAAUCAGCUAAAUGAGGCCGCUGGAGGAGUACACGCUUCUCAUGGCUUUCGCUUACAGAGCCUCGAUUCUACGCUGCAGACGAGGUCGCCCUUGCGACCUCAGCUCUCCCUUCUACACCUCGCGCUGGCGCAGAUGCCCUUGAGACAGGUCAAUUCAUUGUGCGAGGGCCUGCAGGCCACCGAUGCAUUGAGAUCACAAGGACUGCUUGGCAAGAGCGCUGGGGUUCAGGAGCGGUGCCGGGAACUUAUCACCCAGCGGGCUGCGCUUCGCGAGCUCGGUGCGCAGGUGCCCAGCGCUCUCUCUGAGGACGACGUCUUCCAGGAGCACUUGAAAGAGUUCCUGGACAGCCGUCGGGACCAGGCCUCUCGCUUGGCGGAGCUGUGUCUGGAAGUCUUCCGAAGCUACUGGGAGCUCGCAGUCUUUCUCGGAGAUCCAGAUGCCGUGUUCCCACCACCUUCGAAGGACUCUGAUGAAUCACAGGACAUCUUCCUGUUCUUCCACGGCUUUAUCGAGGUGCUGGAGAGGGGGCGCGUGGAGAUCGCAAGGAUGCGGAUGCGCGAGGAGAUCGAGGCUUCUCGUGAGGGUGGACAGGAGGCCGCCGCGCGAGUGGCGGAGACGGCGGCGCUCGAGUCUGGGCUGCCAGCGAGCAUGGUGCGGCGAACGCUGCCUUUGCCCGAGCGGGAGACCAAAGCGGAUUCCGUGUUAAUGACUCCUCCAACAUCGCCCUCCCGCGGAGUGCGACAUGUCGCCUCGCCAUGCAGAGCGCUGAAGGGUGUGUCGCCCAAAACGGCUUCUGCCCGAGCGGUACACAGGCUGAAGAAGCUCAGCUGCAGUCCGGAGGCAGACGCGCAGUCUGACGUGUCGGACUGGGAGCCGUCCCCGAACGAAAAGCCGAAGCCGGAGCCGGAGCCGAGCCAAGGCUGUGUGGUGCCGAGACGGCGGCGGGUGCUCCCUGAGCGGCCGCUGCCUUCAACACCUUCUUCCAGCUCACGCGCUUCCCACGCCUCCCCAUCGGCGAGUUCGCGGGUCUCGAGCCCUCGGAUGGAU